CUCUCUCUCUCUCUCCCUCUCCCUCUCCCUCUCUCUCUCCCUGUGUCGCUUAAACAACAGUCCUAACUUUUGUGUGUUGCAAAUAUAAAAGGCAAGCCAUGUGACAGAGGGACAGAAGAACAAAAGCAUUUGGAAGUAACAGGACCUCUUUCUAGCUCUCAGAAAAGUCUGAGAAGAAAGGAGCCCUACGUUUCCCCCAAGCUGUGCGGCAGAUAUCGUGAGGGUGGAUUGCAAGUGGAAAGAGUGAGACCCGACUCCGACACACAAAGGACAAUGACAACCAGAAAGCUCCGGCCAGAUCGUGCCCUUUGCUGGGAAGGAACUGGAUCCUAGGGGGGGCGAAGGCAUUGCCGAUCUUUAGUCCUCUGCCUCCCUCUGCUGUUCCUUCUGAGAAGUUUUCCUUACAACAAUGAGAAAUCAUGCACUCGCGGCAUCUUUUUCUAUGCUCUCCCUGCUGGUGCUGAUGGGAGAUACAGACAGCAAAACGGACAGCUCGUUCAUGAUCGACUCGGACCCUCUGCGCUGCAUGAGGCACCACUAUGUUGAUUCUAUCAGUCACCCGUUGUACAAGUGUAGCUCAAAGAUGGUGCUUCUGGCCAGGUGCGAGGGGCACUGCAGCCAGGCGUCACGCUCGGAGCCCCUGGUGUCCUUCAGCACUGUCCUCAAGCAGCCCUUCCGCUCCUCCUGUCACUGCUGCCGGCCCCAGACCUCCAAGCUAAAAGCACUGCGGUUGCGCUGCUCCGGGGGCAUGAGGCUCACAGCCACCUACCGGUACAUCCUCUCCUGUCACUGCGAGGAGUGCGGCUCCUGAGACCGGCCGCUCAGCGGCUUCUGGACGGGACAUCCUCCUCCCUCGCCGAGGCAGAUCAUCCAGCCAGGGAGAAGGACUGGCAAGAAAAGAGUUAAGGAGGAAAAAAACCCCAAAAGAUGCAGCAAUUCCCACGGGAUUCUGCAUGUUCUAGUAAUAAAGACUCUCCAUGCUUGUUGCAGAGAGACAGAGAGAGAGAGAGAGAGAGAGAGAGAGAGAUGCUCUGGGAACUUGGUUUCCAUCCCCGUCUCCUUUCCCUGGUACAAUUUCUUUCGGUUCCUUUUCAGAUUCAGGCAUCCCCCCACCCCCCCUCCCCCUGCCUUGGCACUGAAUGCCGUUUGGGUCUCCAACAAUUCAGCGUCAGUCGGGAACGUGGGCCCCCGUGCAAGCGUGGGUCAGGCCGUCACUUGUUGGGUGCGCGUUGGGGGCGCAUUCGCCUCGGAAAGCAGGAAAGCACAACCCUUUCCGCGAUCCCGCCUGGCUCUCUUUCGCUCCGGUCUUUAUCUUGCCAUUUGGUCUCAGGUCGCCACCCCUGCUCAAGGUUACCCAUUUCAAAUUGCAGGCACCGAGCAUGUGGAUGUGCGUAGCCA